CAGAGUUGGUUUCGUCGGUGUGGAGGAUGGUGGGAUGUGUAUGUGGCGAGACCACGGGCUCGCUGGUGGGGUCGUAAGUAGACCCAAACUCAAGGCAAUCCACUCCUAGCAGGCAGGCAGGCACUACACCAGAGCAGUUGUAUGCGAAACGGCCAUCGUAGGAGGACGAUGGCUCCAGCCAGCGUGUUACUUGUCGCCCUGGUGCUGUCAGGGGCCCGGGGCUACUUUGAGACGUGGGGGUUGUCCGGGAGUCGCCCAACGCAGCCCACCUGUGUGGACAUACCCCGCAACAUGAGUUUGUGCCACGGGAUAGGCUACAACAAGAUGCGCCUUCCCAAUCUGCUGGACCAUGACACGAUGGCUGAAGUCUCCCAUCAGGCAAGCUCGUGGGUGGCCCUUAACAACAUCCGCUGCCACCCUGACAUUCAGCUGUUUCUGUGCUCGCUCUUCAGUCCUGUUUGUCUGGAUCGGCCCAUUUAUCCGUGUCGCAGCCUCUGCGAGAAAGUGAAGCAAGGCUGUGAGGGUCGCAUGAAGAUGUAUGGAUACCCCUGGCCGGAAAUGUUCAAUUGCACCAAGUUCGCACCGGAUAACGACAUGUGCAUCGCUCCGCAGUCCAACUACGACCCCAACGGUGAAGAACGAUGUCUCGCCUGUAACCCCGUGGAGACAUAUGAAAAUAUAUUAGACAACUUCUGCAGAGCAGAUUUCGCUGUGAAGACAAAAAUACGAAGAGCUAGGAAGAUGAUGCUGAAAUGUAAAAAGGCGAAAGUUCUAAAGGGCAACAGCUUACUGUCAAAACAGUUACCACAUCCAGUGCUCUUCUUGGAACAAUCUGAUGCCUGCUGUGAAGAAAAGACACGGAAUAGCCGAGAAAUUUAUCUCAUCAUGGGGCGUAGUCAUGGUGAUACUAAACUUGUUCCUACUUUCAUAAUGCCAUGGGGAAGAAAUACCAAACCCUUCAGGAAAGCUGUGAGGAUGUUUAAGAAGCUGAAUUGUUCAGAUCCAAAACUUGUAUCACACUCAGUAAUUGGAGAUGCAUUUGGUGCAGGCAGCAACAAUGGAAAUUCAGCUGGUAGUACAAAUGGUGGAGUAAAUGCAAAUGCCACUGGGAGAAGGAAGCGUGGUAGAACUAAGGGACGACGCAAGAAGACGUCAAAACCCACACCUGCCUCACCACCCUAGCCUCUGCUAAGAUUGGUAGCAUAUAUAUGGCUCAACUCUGACUGCAUUACAGCGUGUACAGACUGUGCUUAUGAAUGAAUUAAAUUUUAACUAGGAUAUUAUAUGUUACACAAACCAUCCAUUACUGCAUCAAGUACGCACUUCAGAGAUAUUGAAGUCAUUUGACAGUGUUAGGUAAUAAACAUUUCAUUUAUUAAAAGUCAGAUGCAAUUAUAAUUAUAUCAUGAAUUACCAUUAAGCAGGAAGAUUAUCUGAGAGUCUGCUGCAAAUAGUUUUGCCAGUCUGGUGGGAAGAACACAUGCUCCUCACAUCAUCUGUUUUUACAUGUAUUUUGACUAGCAUUGCUGUAAACAAACCCAUAAGCCAAUAAAUCACAAACCCCACCAAGAUUAUAACAGAUGCUACAAGUGAUCCAUGUAGUUGCACAUUCAUUCCUUGCACUUGUAUAAAAUGUUCACAUUGAUGCAUUUAAGUUUCUUCUCGGAAGUAAAGCAAACUUUAAAUUUAAAAUACAAGCCUUGUAUGCAUGGAAUGUAAGUGAUUUUCAGAGGGAAUGUUCAAAGUUAGUAUUACUUUCAUCCAUUUUGUUUAGCACUCAGCAUUUUUAUUUGGUUCGUUUUUGCCCAGUGAAGACCCUGUCCAUAAAAAUGUAUUUAUGAUUGUGUGAAUGUCCCCCCCCCCUCCAUUUGGAACUGUAAUGUACUGAAACUUAUGCUGAAAUCAUCUCCUUGCAUUCAACAUUGAUGUCAUACAUGAGCAACGUGCACUUUGAUGAACAAAUAACUGAAAUGACUGUAUAUAGUAGCAGGACUUUGGGAUUAUUGUCAACAGACACAUAAUGCAUGAGCCGACUUUGCAGUAGGUGUUCAAUUUAAUGGGAUAAUAUUGAAGAUGAAUUGUAUUUUGUGAAGUCUAUUAUCCUGUUGGCUAUGACGUGAACCUGAACAUGCACAGUUGAACUGAUGCGAAGAAUAUGUGUCCCUCCUUCCAGACUGGCUGAAAGUGUUGCAGCAGGCCAGAUAAACCUAAACUGACAUGUAAUAUAUCUCUGUAAUGUGCUGGGCAUAUCAAAGGUAUAUAUAUGAAUGCAUGCAUCUACUGCUUGUCAACUUCACUGAAAUAUAAUGUAAUACUUGCCCAUGAAGGAUGACAUAAUGCAUUGGCUACUGUAUAAAUUUAAAAUAUUUUGCAUAAAUAAGUAGUCAUUUUCAAGAUUAAAUUUCCCUGAGUUCAUAAUUUGAUAUGUUUUACUUAUUUUGGAAGGGCCCUUGUACAUAGGUAACAACUUAUCACACACACAGUCUUGAUAAUAUAAUUCAGUUUUGAGGCAGAUGUAAGGUGUUUGACAUUCAGAAUACAGUAGCAUUGCCAGCAUUCCGCAUCAGAACAACACUCCCAGGCCUUAUGCUGCCUCGGUAGAAAGUGGAUGCCUUUUCACCUACACAAAUCUAUCUAUAGGAAUAUAGACAAAUGUAUUCUAUUUUGCAAGUCUGAAAGAAAUAUUGAAGCUGUAACGUAUCCUGUGGCUUCAUUCUGUGCUACCUGGUUGACAGUUUACUUCUUUUGUUUGCUAGGAACAAUAUACAACCUGGAAACAAGCCCAAUAAUUAUAAAACAUUUAGUGGUGUUUUAUAACAUUUUCCUUAUCUGUGCCACAGUUAGGAGUGCUCAUGUUAACAUUUUCUGUAAUGUGUUGAAAAAUAAUAAUGCAUUCUUAAUAAAUGUAAAAAAUGUAAGUUUUAUCUGACAGGUAACCAUGUGCAAGCCAUUAGGUGUGUCAGGGCUUGCCAUGUAUGUUGUGAUGUGUGGUGUGUUUUCUGGAAUUCUGCUUUUGAUGCUUUGAAGUAGUACAGUGUUAUCAUAUUUGAAUUUUUAAUAAAAUGAUUUUAACUCCAGUAUUCUAAUCAAGAUUUGAAUUCAAGUUAUUGUUUUCUUUGUAAUCUAUGAAUUCAGAUAUUGGUAAACUGUUAGGAUUUAAAUGAUGAACUGCAGUACUUCUAAUCUAAAAUGUGAUAUUGUAUUUGAAACUUAAAUGAGUCAUUGUUUUUAAUAUAAAUUAGGAUAUUUUAAGAGUGAAAUGUGAGGUUGGAAUCCCUGUUUGCAUACAGAAUAUAUAAUUUCAUUAGAAUAUAAACCCAGCUUUCUGCUGUAAGAAUGAGUACUAUGGCUGGGGCAAUUCGGUAAGCUACAAUUUUCACGAUAUAAAGGGUUAUUCAGAAUGAGGUAACACACCUCCAAAAUUCUGGUUAUUAAAAUUGCAAUGUUUGUUUUUGUACAUAAAUGAUUUUAAUGUGUGAUGUACAUAAGUGUAUUCUUUUAUAACAUACUUUGUACAUAUUUAUGUUCUUAAUAUUCAUAAUCAUAUAUAGAAAUAUUAUUUUGUGCAUUACUUUAUAUUUGGUGGUCAAAACAGAUGUGCUACAAGAACUGUUCUAAUGGCUAGUCACAUAUAUCUGAUGAAGCUGGCCCAGGUUUUAGCUUGGUCAGAUUUCUGGUGAACAAAGCUAUACUGGGACAGGUAAUUUUUUGGUGUUCUUCUAUUUCCUUUAUCUUUUGUUCCACUUUAUUAGUUACUCACUAAGAUAUGUAUCAUGAACUGAGAGAAAGAAUGUGUUAGGUGGCUCUCUUGUGUCUCACCAAUCUCUGAUCUCCUCUAACAGAUCUUGUAUACAAAAGUGGAUUGUAAUGAAGCUAUUGAAUAUAUAAGUAUUUUCUAUGUAA